UUCAAAAGGCUGUGUAACCAGUGUGGAAAGCAUCACCCGGCAACCUCGCCGUGUCAAGGAGAAAUCUGCUGUAUCAAAUGCGGGGGCAAGGGUCACACCGUUCAGCGAUGUGACCGCCCUAGAGACUGGGAAGGGAGGAGCUGCACGGUGUGUGGCCUGUCGGGGCACAGUGCCCAGGAGAUCAUGAAGUGCAGGUCUCUGGCCUCCCAGUCUGCCAGAAGUAUAGUGUCGUAUCCGGCUCCAGCAGCCGAGAGCAUCCCGAUUGCUAUGGAGACCGACCCGCGGGACACGGUGCCCAUCCUUGAAGCCGCUACCCCAGAUGUGGGUGGCGGCCUCCAGUAA